AUGGCAGUCGCCGCCUUCUGCUUCCUAGGUGUCGGCAUCGUCUACUUCUGUAGGUGCUGUUUCAGGAACAUCUCCACCACUAACACAAUCGUCCGUCUCUCUCCUCGCGACUCUCCCCUCAGAGGCCUCGACCCUUCUCUGCUAAGGAUGUUCCCCACGUUCCUCUACGCCACCGUGAAGGAUCUCCGCACGGAGAAGAAGUACUCACUCGAAUGCGCCAUUUGCUUGUUGGAGUUCGACGAGGACUGCCUUCUGCGUCUCUUAACCCCCUGCUGCCACGUUUUCCACCAGGACUGCAUCGACUCCUGGCUCCGCUCGCACAGGACUUGCCCCGUUUGCCGAACGGAUCUCGAUUCCCAGUCAAGUAACACCGACGCGCAGAGACCUCAUGAGCAAAACGAGGAGAAUAUGGAACACGAGAGAAGCGAUCACGUGAGCGUUGAUGUUAAAGAAGGUGAUGAUGGAGAUGAUGGAGACGAGAGACACGAUGAUGGUGAUGAAGGAGGUUCGAUGAAUGUGCGCAUGCAGCGAGACAAGUUUGCAAGUGCACGUUCACACUCGACAGGGCAUUCCAUAGUUAUGGUUAAUGAUGACGAUGACGAUGCUAAAUACACUCUGAGAUUGCCACAAGAUGUGGCUUUGAAAAUUGUAAGAGGGCACCAUUACUCCAAGAGUUGUUCUACUUUCAAAGACAUGGCAGGGCCUUCUUUUGCACCUUGUAGUAACUGUGGUUAUGUUCAAACUGUACUUGAUAGCUGCAGUAAUGGUGUAAAGAAUACUUAA